CACACACACUUCUGAUGUGUGUGCGUGUGUGUGCCUCUGUAUGAGCUCUCACAAGCCAACUCAACUCUAAGGGACAUUGUGUUUAAGCGGUUGAACUGAUCUCAUUGACAUUUCAGAUUAGCACUCUCUGCAGGGCUCCCCUGCCUUGUCUCUCUGCGAGGGUCUCUGUCACUGAUACAGGAUUAAGAUAGCACUUCAAGUAAGUGAGGAUGAUGAUGGUGAGCGACGACUGUCUGGUGGAGUGUAAGAUUGACGAUGACAGUGAUGAGGAUGGUGAAGGAGAAGAACAGAUAAACACGCCUCCUCCUCCUCCAGAGUUUGCAUCCAAAGACCCUACUCCGGCGCCCAAACCUCCGACCCCUCCCGCAGCCCCAACUACGCCCUCACCCCCCCCCCCUGUCAACAGGGACCCUUAUGGCAUUAACCAGCACCUAAAGGUGGAGGUCAGUGACGUGCUAGCGGAGCCUGCCACACCUCGUAGCAUAGACCAAGUGUGGCUUUACAGUGUUGCCGGCUUCGAGACGGCCCGUAUCUGGACGUACCGCUGCCUCUCCUUGCUGCUUGCCGUGCCCUUCGCUUUCCUUUGUGGUGUUUUCCUGGCCAUUCUCGCCUGUCUACAUGUCUGGUUCAUGGUCCCUUGCCUACAGCUGAGCAACACCUUCCUCCCAUGUCUGCGCUCACUGUGUAUGUUUACUGUGAAUGUUUUCAUCUCUCCCUUCUGUGUGUCUCUGGCUCUCUGCUGCAGUCAAAUCACCGUCUCACUGUCCAACAAGGACUGGCAUCAAAUGAGAGACAACGAGACCGUAUGAAUGUGAGACAUACCAAGUCAUAUCCAGUGAGUGAGAGAGUGAGUGAGUGAGUGGGUGAGAGAGUGAGUGAGAGAGUGAGUGAGUGGGUGAGAGAGUGAGUGAGUGGGUGAGAGAGUGAGUGAGAGAGUGGGUGAGAGAGUGAGUGAG